UUGUAUAUUUCUUGAAAGGUUUGAUGCGUUGUGUGACGCUUUGUGUCCUUUAAUUCUUUAUUAAAAAAAGCUCCUUUAUCUUGUCGUUCACCUCUAGUAGUUUGAUUCACACCUUGUUGCAGCGAAGUACAGGCGGACUCCAGGUCCAGGCAACAUCACGGUUGGGUGUGGUUACAGCAACAAAGUGCAUUUCUAACCACACCUAGCAGUGAUGCUGGAUGUGAUUAGAGGUGGAUGUGAUUUAGAGAUACUUUUGUCCUGGGCAGAGACAAACUAUCAGAUCCAAGUAUGGUAGAAAGGCACGUGUAACUUCCAUGGGCUACAAGUGUUCUGUCACUGCCCAUGUCUUUAUAUCAGUCAUAUCUUCUUACGACACAACAACAACAACAGUAAGCACUACUUUGGACUCGCUUGGGAGAGAACCAAAUCCAUCAAAACCCAUCAGUGCUGCUGUUCCCUGAGGUUCACUCUGUACUGGCCUCCUGUGAUCUCAGUGGUCCAUCGUCUUGAGAGGCGAUAAGGAGACCCUCUCAGUGACAGCCCACCUAUCAGGGCCUCUGACUGCGUCCAAAUCUCCCAGCGGGAGAGCUCGUUGGCCGCUCCAGCUGUCGAUCAUGAUUUCCGGCAGCACGUGGGAGGAGCCCGGUGGAGUGACGAAGGGAGGGGUGGCGGGCUAGAGGCGGAACGACUGUCAAUUGUGUUGCUUAUUCUCGUCAAAAGUGGGCUGUUUUUGCUGUGAGUGAACCCGACGGGUCCGUGGCGGCUGUGCGCAGUCAGAGCGAUGACCUCCGCGGGGGACACCGGGACGGAUCUGCGCCUCUCUUGACGCCGACAGCAGCGCAAGUUCGCUCCUCUUCUGCACUUUGACAUCGCUGUGUUUUGGGGAGAGAGCAGCAGGGUUUCGGGUAGCCCCGUAGACACCGCUGGGUUGUUUCCAAACAGUUUUCUCAUUGACACCACCUCGCUGUCAUCGGUUCUCGUUACGCGCCGAGGCUUGGAGGGGGUUUUCACGCUCAAACUUGAGCCUUCCCCACCUCGAGGACGAGCGACACCGGGAGCGGUGAGGACUUGUUGCGCGCAUCCGGGGAGCGCACCAGUCCAGUCCUCAUCCAAGUCCACACUGAAGGCAACCUGCCUGCGUGUGAUGCUCUGAUUUCCACCGUGAGCCCUUCAGCGGAGCGGGGAUGGACUGAAGAGACCCAGCUCACACUCACUGCCUGGAAUCAGCUCGGUGACGAUGACAGUCUGUUCAUAAUUAACGAUUUUGGGCUGAUUGGUUUUCUCCAGAGAGACAGCGUUGCUGAGCGGCUGAUGCCCGAGGAAAGCAAGAACCCGUUCUCCUUUAAAUGGCAUCAGCACUCUGCCAAGUGAAACUUUAUUCGGGUCAGAUCCGACGAGUUCAUUAAUCUGCCUCUGCUGGUGUUUCCAAACCAAGUCCUUCUUAUCAUCGACAUGUCGGAGCGUGAUGGAUAUGGAGACGGCGACGGAGCGCCGGACUGCAUACCGCCGCGAGCGUCCCGCGGCCGGCGGAGCGGUGUCAUCCUUCCCGGGGGCAGCCAGGACUCCGACACCGUCCUCCUGGAGUCAGUGAAGGCAGCACCCCGCCGGAGCAGCAUCAUCAAGGAUCCCUCAGUGCAGAAGAUGGGCGGAGGCAGGAAGAAGACUGUGUCCUUCAGUAGCAUGCCCUCUGAGAAGAAGGUGAGCAGUGCAGCAGACUGCUUGGCGUUCAUGCAGGGCGGGUGUGAACUGAAGAAGAUCCGGCCUAAUUCCAGGGUUUACUGCCGUUUCUACACCCUGGACCAGGACCUCAGCUGCUUACGCUGGGAGCCGUCUAAGAAGGAUUUAGACAAGGCUCGGCUGGAUGUGUCCACCAUCCGAGAGGUUCGCACUGGGAGGAGCACGGAGACGUUCCUCCAUAACGGUCCUCUGUCUGAACACCUGGCUGAGGAAGCAGCCUUCUCUGUCAUACAUGGGGAUGACUACCAGUCUUUGGACUUGGUUGCAUUGUCGGCAGAUGUGGCCAAUAUCUGGGUGACGGGCCUCCGCUACCUGUUGGCCCACCCCUCGGUGAUUGGAGGGGCUGGAGGAGGUGUUGGAGGAGGAGUACUGGGUGAAAGUGGGGGUGUAGCGGUAGAGGGCAGCCUAGGAGGCAUGAUGAGGAGUGAGUGGUUGGCCGCGGAGUUCGCCCAGGUUGAUGAAGACGGCCAUGGCAUCGUGUCAGAGGACGUGGCAGUCGCCACAAUCUGUAAACUGUACCCGGGUAUCAAGGAAGCCAAGGUCCGCCUGCGUUUUAAGGAGAUCCAGCGCAGCAAGGAGAAGCUGACCUCCCAUGUAACACGCGAGGAGUUCCAGGAGGCCUUCUGUGAGCUUUGCACCCGGCCGGAUGUCUACUUCUUAUUGGUGCAGCUGUCGAAGGACCGUGAGUGUCUGGACCCUCAGGACUUGCGCCUCUUCUUGGAGACAGAGCAGGGCCUCUCUCUGGCUACAACUGAGGGCUGCUGGGAGCUCCUGAGGCGCUUUGAGCCCUCAGCCCAGGGCAGAGAGCGAGGACUGCUGGGUCUGGAUGGGUUUGCCCGCUACCUGCAGUCUCCAGAGUGCCAGCUACUCGACCCAGAGCACCUGGGUGUUUGUCAGGACAUGAACAUGCCUCUAUCCCACUAUUACAUCAGCACCUCGUACCGCUCCUACCUGCUGGAUGACCAGGUCCACGGCAGGGCAGACCUGGGAGGGCUGAUCAAGGCCCUGCAGUCUGGCUGUAGAUGUGUGGAGCUGGGAGUGACUGAUGGCCCAGAGGGGGAGCCUCUCCUUGGGGUCGACUAUGGGCCAGACAUCCCUCGCCACCACCAUCACCACCACCAUCACCACCACCAUGCACCUGUCACUAUCCGCUCUGCUCUGGAGGUGGUCAAUAAGUAUGCCUUCCUGACCUCUCAGUACCCGCUCUUGCUGUACUUGUGCCAGCGUUGCUCUCCUGGUCAGCAGCGCACCAUGGCACACCACUUAAAGAAAGUGUUUGGCUCCCGUCUUUACACUCCAGAGGCCCUACCUGUCAGCCUGGGUGGGCGAGCCACGACCCUCCCCUCCCCAGAACAGCUGAAGGGACGCAUCCUUAUAGUGGCAAAGAAGCUCCCUCCAGAGCAGAAUGGGUCUGACGGGGAGGUAUCUGAGGAGGAUGAGGAGAUAGGAGGAGGGGGGCCUUUGGCAGGACGUCGAAUGACCAUCCCUGGUGAGGAAGAAUUGGGUGUGGUCUUGGUCGUGCCUCCACCCUCUCAACCCAGGAAGCUCCGUCUCCACAAAGAUCUGUCAGACCUGGUGGCUAUUGCUCGGACAGGCAGCCGUAGCUUCUAUAGCCAAAGAGCCAGUCACAAACAGGCUCAGCAGCAGUCACCACCCAGCAGUCCCUCCUCCCCCAGCACGCCGAUGCCUCCUGAGCUGCCUUAUUGGACACUGUGCUCCCUGGGUGAGGGAGAGGCUGGUCGACUGACCACUGAGAGCCCCGAAGACCUUGUAAUGUUCACCAAACGCACCCUUACCAGGGUACGACCCAGUUCAGUGCGUCUGGACUCCAGUAACCCCAACCCACAAGGAUACUGGAAAGGAGGGGUCCAGCUCGUGGCCUUGAACCAGCAGACCCCUGGCGCCAUGCUGGACCUUCACAGAGGUCGCUUCUCUCAGAACGGGAGGUGUGGUUAUGUUCUCCGACCUGCUGUAAUGAGGGAUGAGGUGUCAUACUUCAGUGCUCAUACACAGGGCUGUGUGCCAGGAGUGCCCCCACAAACUCUGCGGAUUAAGGUCAUCAGUGCCCACAAUCUGCCCAAGCCUCUGGGGUCAGGGGCAAAGGGAGAGGUCAUUGACCCAUAUGUGGUUCUGGAGCUGCAUGGUGUACCAGCAGACUGUGCUGAACAGCGGACACGUACUGCUGCUCAAAACCAGGACGACCCACUGUUUGAUGAGACCUUUGAGUUUCAAGUGAACAUGCCGGAGCUGGCCUUGUUACGCUUUGUGGUAUUAGACGACGAUUACAUUGGAGACGAUUUCAUUGGCCAGUACAGUGUGGCCUUUGAGUGCCUUCAGCCCGGCUACCGCAAUGUACCCCUGCUGGGCAUAGCAGGAGACCAGUUACCCCACACCAGCCUGUUUGUCCACGUGGCAGUCACGAACCGGCGGGGCGGCGGGAAGGCUCAGCGACGAGGUCUGUCGGUGAGGCGGGUGGGGAGACGAGGGCGUGAGUACGUCACUCUGAGGCACACUGGCAUCAAGGUGGUGGAUGAGGCUUUCAAACUGGCUAGUACCCCCCUCAAAGAGGCAACGGACCUCCGGGAGGAUGCUCAGAGCACCACUGCCAAUUUCAAAGAGCAGUGUGGGCUCCCCACUGUGGCCAAGCUGAAGCAGUGCAUCCAGAGCCUGGCCACAAGGCUGCAGAGCCCUGAGGGCACUAUGGGGGCUACCAUGGUGCUGAAAGAGGGCUACCCGUGCCUGGAGCCUCUGGUCAACCUCUCCGAGCCAACGCGAAAGCUACUCACUGCCUACGAUACGAUGAUUUCCGCCCAGAAACAGCUGAUUGAGAAUGCAGACACCGUUCAGGAGAGGAUCGCCCAAGUUCAGAGAGAAGGCAUGGACUUCCAUGAGGAUCUCUCUCGGCUUGGGGAGAAGGAGGGACUGAAGGGACGUAAGCAAAGCAAAGCUCUGGAGAGUUUCACCUGGAACAUCACUGUGCUCAAGGGUCAGUGCGAUCUGUUAAGAGGAGCUAAGAUGGAUUCCCUGGAUGCCCUGAGGCAGCUGGCUCUGGCCUGUGAAGCCUGUGGACUCACCUCCUCCUCCUCUUCCUCCAAUUCCUCAUCCUCCAACUUUUCCACAGCCGAGCUUCACUACUCCUCACACCGCCGAAGCAGUACGCAUGGCAACGGACGCGUCUGACAACCCUGCUGGGUCUAGCAUGCUGCCAAAGAUGAAAAGGGAGUGGACAGAGUAAUUAAGGAGGAUAACAGAGAUGAGGAGAUAUGAGAGUAAGAAAGACAGAAAAAAAAGUGCAGGUGUGAAAAAAAACCCACCAUACGAGUCAGAGGAUUUUUAUCCCUUUAUCCAGUGCAGUUUGUGUCUAGACUAGCCUAGACCAGAGCUGUAUAUCUGUUAAAGCCUUACGGGUGAUGUCAUCAAUUUAUCACUGAAGGUCCAGCCUGCCAGGAUGCUCUUCAUGAAUGUCAUAACUCUGUGGCUGCAAAGCAAAGAAAGACAGUCCACUUGGAUCUUUGAACUUCUGACAGCUCCCACUUAUUUUUCUGAGAGAUAAUGUCUGACUUGAUAUUGUAACUCUGUGGGUUUUCCUCAUCAGCGAGGAAAUCAUAGACACCUGAAUAAUUUGUGACAACAGGGCUGUGGUGGAGCUAAUGUUUAUGGCCCUGUUGGUGUUUCAUUUCAGUGGCAGAAUGCAAAUGGAGGGGAUGUAGAGCCGAUGUGACAGGUUAUUCUGCCUCUGCAAUUUAGCUUGUCCCUUGGAAAGGCAUGAAGUGUACCUCUGUGUGUGUGUGUGUGUGUGUCUUUGUGUGUGUUAACAUAGGGACAUGUUGUGACCUACAAAAAUACACUAGGGGAGAGAAAUUAAAUGUAAGAAUCUUUCAAA